UCAAGCUGUUUUGUCAAAUGUCGUGUUCAAUCAUCAAUUUUACAAAAAGUCUGUCUUUUAGAUUUACUUACAGUGAUUUUGAGGCAUUGGAAGUGAUUUGCAUUACUAAUUGAUUAUCAAGUUACGGUCACUAACCUAAUUAAAAACAAUGAUUAAGUAUAAUUACUAUGUGUAGUCAUUGAAUGUAAGAACCAACUAGUGUUUUAAAAUUUUCUUUUAAUAUUAUUAAACAAUGGCUUUUUAUUCUUGCAAUCGUUACAGACUCUUAGUUUUAGUUUUGUUAGGAUUGAUAAUGUGGCAAGUGUUUCAGUUGUUGCCAAAAAAACAAGUACAAGUGACUGAGGACAUAGUAGAACUGGAAGAUGACAGGUAUAAUAAACACAAGAAAGAUAAAGUGAAAGUUAGAGUAUACUAUGAGGCUCUAUGUCCAGAUUCUAAGCAUUUCUUUAUCAAGCAUUUAUCACCUGUGACGCAAAAACUAUCAGAGUUCCUGGAUGUAACAUUGGUUCCUUACGGGAAAGCCACUACCAAAGAGAAAAAUGGCCAGUAUAUUUUCAAUUGUCAACACGGCGAAGAGGAGUGCUACGCCAAUAAAAUCCAUGCUUGUGCCAUCCAUGCACUGAACAACACGACACAGGCUGUGAAAAUCACUGAAUGCAUGAUUAUUGACAAUUUGGAUGCUGAUGCAGCCUUAGAAAGAUGUGCAAAAGAUGUGAAAGUCGAUACCGAUCAAAUAAUCGGUUGCGCUUCGGGAGAGCAAGGGUCAGCAUUACUCAAGAAGCAUGGAGACGACACCCAUAUAAUCAGCCCCACCUUCAUACCGACCAUAACUUUGAAUGGUUCUAAAGGCAACCAAGCAGCCAUUUUGAAAAAUUUCUUGUUGGAAGUUUGUAAAUUAAUUGACAUGCCAUUACCACCACCAUGCUUGUGACGAACAACUAGAUCGGCACGAUUGAUACCUGUCCGAUAUGAUAAAUAACGUGCAAUUUUUCAGUCUUCAAAUGGCGACACGUAGGUUUGAUCAAAUUCACACAAAGUAGCUAUUAGAUGAUGUUCACGAAUGAUAACAUUUAAUACUUUCGCCUAACUAAUCAAAAUCGAUGUUCCUAUUUUGAAAAUCUAAUUAAUCUAAUCUACAAAUAAAUUGGGUGGGUACCGCUCGCGGUGGAAAACCCGCAAGGGCUUGAUUUUUCAACCGUCGAAUUCCUUUUGUGUCAAGAAUAAAAUUGACAUUUUGUCAUAUUUCCCAACUAGGCUCAAUAGGCCAAUUUUAUUAUUAGAUAAGUUAUUCCAUGUUAAUAACAAUCAACCUUAAUUGUAACAAUUUUUUAGUCAGAACCUUGUUAGAACAAUGAAAAAUAAAUGUGAAGUGCUCAAAAAUUGCUCAUAAUAAAAUAUGCUUAUUAUUACAGAAACGUUUUUAUGAUUUCUAAUUUUUAUUAAAUCUUUUAUUAAAUUUAUUUUUUCGAAUAAAGAAUUGAUCAAUUGUAUAAAGAUUUAGUCAUGAAAGAAUCAGGAUUUUAUUUUUUUAUUUGUACUCUAUUCAAAAGUAUUAUUUUUUAAUUCAAACAGGUUGUAAUAGAUUUAACUUAAUCUUGUGUAAUUAUUUUUUCCUCUUUUAUUGGUUAGAGGAAGUUCAAUGUGAAUGAAUUAUUAUUUAUUUUUAUUUUAUUGAUGCGCCGUCGUUCGUAGGUACUAUGUAUUUGGGUUUGAUACAUACAAACCUUUCCUAAAUGUUGUAAUUCUUUUUUAAAGUUGUACUUUUUGACUCGUUGUUAUUCUCAACUUGAUGACUAUCGGAAUAAAGAGCUGAAUGUAUUUUUGAAAUAUUUUUUUUGUAUGUUUUCUCGCACUAUGAAAACGUAAUGCCCUAAAAACUAUGUUGUGAAAAUGAUAAAGUAUUACCGUUGAAACAUGACUUGACUUUAUAUUUUCCUAUAAAUAUUUAAGCUAAUCAUUAGAAUUUCUGUACAUUAACAAUUAAAACGUAUUUAACGUCAAACUCUAUUUUUAAUUGUCUUCGCUGUUUCACAGAACUAUGACUACUAUGAUCAAUUAAAAAUAUGUAUUAAAAUAGGCAUAUUAUACAUAUAAGUAGUAAGCUAACGUUUAUAUAAAUAAAAUGCCUUUCUUGCCAUUUCCAUUGAAAUGUAUCUUCAUACUUAAAUUGUAUGGAAAACCUAAAUCAUAAUAAUUACAAUGAUGAUGAAUUAUUGAAAAGUGACCUAUUUUUAUUUUACUCAAAAUAAAUGCUACAAUAUUAUUUUCAUAAUACGCUAGUAAACUAAUUAUGAACAAAAAUGUGUAGGUGUACGUUGUAUUCAUUCUUAACCUUCAUUUAAUGAGCACGAUCGAAUAUUUUAUAUCAACACUGGGCCCAAUAAAUCAUAAUGUAAUCGAAGGUUACAUUAAGAUUAGUGCGAUCGCUAGCGUGAAGAAAAUGCAUUUGUAUUAUAAUAAAAAAAUAAUCAUAGAAUACAUUAAAAUAAUAGGAAUAAUGCGAUGAAACUUUACGAAAUACAGUUUGGAUAUGGUAUAUUUAUUUAAUGUUUUUUAUUUAUUUUAAGUUGUUUGUGAUUUUUUAAUCAAACAUUCGGAAUCAAGAAAACGUAAGCGACGGAUUUCAUCCGAGACCAUUUGAUUACAGAUUCCGGAUGCUUGGAUAAACUUAAUACCUAACUUUAUCCUUCCUAACAGUAUCCAAUCUGUAUUGAUCAUAAAUCUCUUAACCUGUAAUACUUUAACCGUAUCUUUUUAUAUAAAAUACGGUGUAAAUCCAUUAAUUUAAGAUCUUGUUUUAAC